AUGGUUCUCAUCACUGUAGGUGGAGUGGUUCUCAGUCACUGUAGGUACAGUGGUUCUCCAGCACUCGGGUACAUCAUCAAGCGGGUACAACAAGCGGGUACAAUACCAAGCGGGUACAUCACCAAGCUAGUACAACACCAAGCGGGUACAUCACCAAGCGGGUACAACACCAAGCGGGUACAUCACCAAGCGGGUACAACAAGCGGGUACAUCACCAAGCGGGUACAUCACCAAGCUAGUACAACACCAAGCGGGUACAUCACCAAGCGGGUGCAUCACCAAGCGGGUACAACACCAAGCGGGUACAUCACCAAGCGGGUACAACAUCAAGCGGGUACAUCACCAAGCGGGUACAUCACCAAGCGGGUACAUCACCAAGCGGGUACAACACCAAGCGGGUACAUCACCAAGCGGGUACAACACCAAGCGGGUACAUCACCAAGCGGGUACAACACGAAGCGGGUACAUCACCAAGCGGGUACAACAAGCGGGUACAACACCAAGCGGGUACAUCACCAAGCGGGUACAUCACCAAGCGGGUACAUCACCAAGCGGGUACAGCAUCAAGCGGGUACAACACCAAGCGGGUACAUCACCAGCGGUACAUCACCAAGCGGGUACAUCAUCAAGCGGGUACAUCACCAAGCGGGUACAUCACCAAGCGGGUACAACAAGCUGGUACAACAAGCGGGUACAACACCAAGCGGUUACAACACCAAGCGGGUACAACACCAAGCGGGUACAUCACCAAGCGGGUACAGCACCAAGCGAGUACAACACCAGGCGGGUACAACACCAAGCGGGUACAUCACCAAGCGGAUACAGCACCAAGCGGGUACAACACCAAGCGGGUACAACACCAGCGGGUACAACAACAAGCGGGUACAACACCAAGCGGGUACAUCACCAAGCGGGUACAACACCAAGCGGGUACAACACCAAGCGGGUACACCAAGCGGGUACAACAAGCGGGUACAACACCAAGCGGGUACAUCACCAAGCGGGUACAAAACCAAGCGGGUACAUCACCAAGCGGGUACAAAACCAAGCGGGUACAACACCAAGCGGGUACAACACACCAAGCGGGUACAACAUCAAGCGGGUACAUCACCAAGCGGGUACAACACCAAGCGGGUACAUCAUCAAGCGGGUACAACAUCAAGCGGGUACAACAUCAAGCGGGUGCAUCACCAAGCGGGUACAUCACCAAGCGGGUACAUCACCAAGCGGGUACAUCAUCAAGCGGGUACAACACCAAGCGGGUACAUCACCAAGCGGGUACAUCACCAAGCGGGUACAUCAUCAAGCGGGUACAUCACCAAGCGGGUACAUCACCAAGCGGGUACAACAAGCUGGUACAACAAGCGGGUACAACACCAAGCGGUUACAACACCAAGCGGGUACAACACCAAGCGGGUACAGGACCUCGCGGGCACACCACCAAGCGUGUACAACACCAGGCGGGUACAACACCAAGCGGGUACAUCACCAAGCGGAUACAGCACCAAGCGGGUACAACACCAAGCGGGUACAACACCAGGCGGGUACAACAACAAGCGGGUACAACACCAAGCGGGUACAUCACCAAGCGGGUACAACACCAAGCGGGUACAACACCAAGCGGGUACAUCACCAAGCGGGUACAACACCAAGCGGGUACAACACCAAGCGGGUACAACAAGCGGGUACAACACCAAGCGGGUACAUCACCAAGCGGGUACAAAACCAAGCGGGUACAUCACCAAGCGGGUACAAAACCAAGCGGGUACAACACCAAGCGGGUACAACAGCAAGCGGGUACAACACCAAGCGGGUACAACAAGCGGGUACAACAAGCGGGUACAACAAGCGGGUACAACAUCAAGCGGGUACAACACCAAGCGGGUACAACAAGCGGGUACAUCACCAAGCGGGUACAUCACCAAGCGGGUACAUCACCAAGCGGGUACAACAAGCGGGUACAACAUUAAGCGCUUCACCACUAAGCUUCGUGAAAAUAGUAUAGCAUGA